AUGGCCGCCCAAGAAGUCCCCACCUUCAAACUCGUCCUCGUCGGCGACGGCGGCACUGGCAAGACCACCUUCGUCAAGCGCCACUUGACUGGAGAGUUCGAAAAGAAGUAUAUGGCCACUCUCGGUGUCGAGGUUCACCCUCUUGGUUUCACUACCAACUUCGGCCCCAUCCAGUUCGACGUCUGGGAUACCGCCGGUCAGGAGAAGUUCGGUGGUCUCCGUGAUGGUUACUACAUCAACGGCCAGUGCGGUAUCAUUAUGUUUGAUGUGACUUCGCGAAUUACCUACAAGAACGUCCCCAACUGGCACCGCGACCUCGUCCGCGUGUGCGAGAACAUCCCUAUCGUCCUCUGUGGCAACAAGGUCGACGUGAAGGAGCGAAAGGUCAAGGCCAAGACCAUUACGUUCCAUCGUAAGAAGAACUUGCAGUACUACGACAUCUCUGCGAAGUCCAACUAUAACUUCGAGAAGCCUUUCCUCUGGCUUGCCCGAAAGCUUGUCGGAAACCCCGCUCUUGAGUUCGUUGCCGCCCCCGCUCUUGCCCCUCCCACUGCCCAGGUCGACGAGAAGCUUCUCGAGCAGUACCGGAAGGAGAUGGACGAGGCUGCCGCCAUGCCUCUGCCUGGCGAGAACUCCGACGACGAAUUGUAA